GAGCAACGCACACAAACACACACACACGCAGACAAACACACGCAGACACCGGAUUCGAGCGAUCCGAAUUCGACGGCAAACACUGCAAGACCCGCGCACGGAAUUCUACGUACGGAAUAUUAUUCCGUUUCGCAUAAUAUUACACGCCUAAUUUGCGUCCCGUAAAUGUCAGCUCGUCGACAACGCCGUCGGAUCGAACGUUGACAACGCCAUGGCCGCCUCCGCCACGGGACGACGAUCGGUGGCCGCCGCCACUGUCCCGACGCUGCCGACCCUUUGCUUGUUCCUCGUCGCCAUAGCCACGGCCAUCGAAGCCCAAAAGAAAUUCAGCUUCACGGAAAAACAGCGGUACGAUGGUUGGUUCAACAACUUGGCGCAUCCCAACUGGGGUUCGGUUGACAGCCAAAUGACGAGGAAAACGCCACCCGCGUACUCAGACGGAGUGUACAUGAUGGCCGGCCAAGACAGACCGAGUCCCAGGAAGUUGAGUUCAUUGUUCAUGAAAGGAUCGGACGGUUUGCCGUCGUCCCACAACCGGACAGCUCUGUUGGCGUUUUUCGGUCAAGUGGUCAGCUCGGAAGUGGUGAUGGGCAGCGAAAGCGGAUGUCCCAUCGAAGUGCACGACAUCGAAAUAGACAAGUGCGACGACAUGUACGACCACGAGUGCGAAGGUGGAAAAUCGAUACCUUUUCACAGGGCUGGUUACGACCGAAACACCGGUCAAAGUCCAAAUACACCGAGACAACAGAUCAACCGAGUUACCAGCUGGAUCGACGGCAGCUUCAUUUACAGCACCAGCGAAGCGUGGGUGAACGCCAUGCGAUCGUUUAAAAACGGCACACUGCUGAGCGAUUCGGCUUCUGGAUUUCCAGUGCGCAACACGAAACGAGUGCCGUUGUUUAACAACCCCGUUCCUAAUAUUCUUCGGACCCUAAGUCCGGAAAGGCUCUUCUUGUUAGGAGAUCCCAGGAGUAAUCAAAAUCCGGCGUUGCUGUCGUUCGGAAUACUGUUGUUCAAGUGGCACAAUGUACUCGCCGGCAAGGUACAACAAGAGCAUCCCGACUGGUCCGACGAAGAAGUCUUCCAAAAAGCCAGACGUUACGUCAUAGCCACUCUUCAGAACAUCAUAGCGUACGAAUACAUUCCUGCGUUCCUGGGCCAAGAGCUACCAGAAUACACCGGGUACAAGUUGGACGUGCACCCCGGUGUAAGCCACGCGUUUCAGUCGGCCGCAUUCCGUUUCGGACACACGUUGAUACCGCCCGGGAUAUACAGAAGGGACGGGAAAUGCAAUUACAGAAAAACGGCCAUGGGCAAUCCGGCAUUGAGACUUUGUGCGUACUGGUGGGAUUCCAGCGACGUCAUGUCCGACAGCAGUGUCGAGGAAUUUAUGUUGGGAAUGGCUUCUCAGCUGGCUGAACGCGAAGACGCGGUUCUGUGUUCGGACGUCCGGGACAAAUUGUUCGGACCCAACGAAUUCUCCCGGAGAGAUCUAGGAGCCUUGAACAUAAUGAGAGGUCGAGACAACGGAUUGGCCGAUUACAAUACGAUUAGAACGUAUUUCCAACUUCCCAGAGUUGAGAAAUUCGAAGACAUCAACGAGGAACUGUUCGAACGUCACCCGGCGUUAGCUGCGAAAUUAGAAGAAGCCUACGGCAGUGUCGACGAUAUUGAUUUGUACAUCGGCGGAAUGCUGGAAUCCAAAGGCGGUCCCGGAGAAUUAUUUACCGCCGUUAUACUGGAUCAAUUCGUUCGGAUUCGGGAUUCGGAUCGGUUCUGGUUUGAAAACAGAAAUAACGAGAUGUUUACGGAUAAGGAGUUCGAAUGGAUUCGGACUGUGUCUCUUUGGGACAUAAUAGUCAACUGCACCGACAUAGAGCCGGACACAAUACAACGAGAAGUAUUUUUCUGGAACGACGGAGAUCCGUGUCCGCAACCUGGCCAAGUAGAACCGUCCACGUUGGAACCGUGCUCGUAUUUGAAGGGGUUCGAUUAUUUCGAAGGAAACGAGUUGGCCUACAUAUACGUUUGCAUAUUCUUGGGCGUGGUCCCGCUUAUAUGUGCCGGAGCUGGUUACGGUGUUGUCAAACUCCAGAACAAACGAAAGAGACACUUGAGGAUGAAACAAGAGGAGUUGAAAUCCGGUAACAAGACACACGGUAUAAUGGUGGACAAAAUGUCCGUCAGAGAGUGGUUACACGCGAACCAUAGACGUUUGGUAAAAGUGAGGUUCGGACCUCAAGCCAAUCUUCACACGGUUGACCGAAAAGGCGAAAAACUUAGAUCGGUAAACUUUGAAAACUGCGAUACAAUUACCGUUGAAGAAUCGCAGGCGGAAAGCGGAAAGAAAAAACGUCCGUUGGUGUUGAUUCGUGUGCCGAAAGACCACGAUCUCGUUCUUGAAUUCGAUUCGGUUGGCGAGAGACGGAAAUUCGUCAACAAAUUGGAAGCGUUCUUGAAUUCUCACAAAAAGCACCUGGUGACAAUGCAAGCUCCCAGAGAUUUCCUGUUGGCAAAGGCUGAAACGCGCGAGAGACGGCAGAGAAGACUGGAACACUUCUUUAGAGAAGCGUACGCUCUGACGUUUGGUCUUCGGCCGGGCGAAAGGAAAAGAAGCGACGAGGACGGAGAAGUAGUAAUGAGGACAUCUUUGUCGAAAGCCGAAUUUGCCUCGGCGUUGGGCAUGAAACCCGACGCAGUGUUUGUCCGGAUGAUGUUCAAUAUUGUGGACAAAGACGGAGACGGGAGAAUUUCUUUCCAAGAAUUUUUGGAUACCGUCGUGUUAUUUUCUCGGGGUAAAACCGAAGACAAACUUCGGAUCGUAUUUGACAUGUGCGAUAAUGAUCGCAACGGUGUCAUCGACAAAGGAGAAUUUUCCGAAAUGCUCAGGUCGUUGGUGGAAAUCGCCAGAACUACUAGUUUGUCCGAUGCUCAUGUCACCGAACUGAUCGACGGAAUGUUUCAAAACGCAGGACUGUCGAAUAAAGACUUUUUGACGUAUGCCGACUUCAAGUUGAUGAUGAAAGAAUACAAAGGUGACUUUGUCGCCAUCGGUUUGGAUUGUAAAGGAGCCAAGCAAAAUUUCCUGGACACUUCCACAAACGUCGCUAGAAUGACCAGUUUUCACGUCGACCCAUCAAUGCACGACGACAAGGGGAAAAUAAAGAGUCGCAUAGACUGUAUAGUAACGUACUUGGAAGAAAAUCGACAAAACAUAUUUUACUUGUUCAUAUUCUACGUGAUCACCAUAGCGUUAUUCGUUAAGCAAUUUAUAUAUUAUUCAUUUUUGGCCGAACACACUGAUCUUCGACACAUAAUGGGAGUGGGUAUAGCAGUGACGAGAGGUUCUGCGGCUGCCCUGUCGUUUGGCUAUUGCCUCUUGUUGCUAUCCAUGUCGAGGAAUUUGUUGACGAAACUCAAAGAUUUUUCCAUACAACAGUACAUACCUUUGGAUUCGCACAUACCGUUCCAUAAAGUGGUCGCUUGCACGGCAUUUUUCUUCUCCAUCAUACACACCGUCGGUCACAUCAUCAACUUCUACCAUGUUUCCACGCAGCCGCUUGAGAACAUCCAUUGCCUAACGUCGGAAAUACAUUUUUCUUCGGAUUACAAACCGGGCAUUUCGUUUUGGCUGUUCAAAACCAUCACCGGCAUUACCGGAGUGUUGUUGUUCGUGAUCAUGAUCACCAUAUUUACGUUCGCCCAUCCGAUCAUACGGAAAAAGGCGUACACCUAUUUCUGGUCGACGCACUGUCUGUAUGUAGCCAUGUAUGUGCUCAUGUUGUUGCAUGGACUGGCCAGGAUAACGGGACCGCCGACGUUCUGGAAGUACUUCAUCGGUCCGGGCAUCAUAUUCAUUCUGGACAAAGUGGUCAGCCUGAGGACCAAAUACAUGGCGUUGGAUAUCCUGGAAACGGAAUUGCUGCCAUCCGACGUUCUGAAAGUGAAGUUCUAUCGUCCGCCAAACUUCAAAUACCUUUCCGGACAAUGGGUGAGGUUGAAUUGUACGGCGCUCAAGUCCACCGAAUACCACUCGUUCACGUUGACGUCGGCUCCGCACGAAAACUUCUUGUCCUGUCACAUCAAGGCCCAAGGACAAUGGACGUGGAAACUGAGAAACUUCUUCGAUCCGAGUAAUAUCAACCCAGACUUCCAUCGGCCAAAGAUACGUCUCGAGGGUCCAUUUGGAGGCGGAAAUCAAGACUGGUACAAAUUCGAAGUGGCCGUCAUGGUGGGUGGAGGUAUAGGAGUGACACCGUACGCAUCCAUUCUAAACGAUUUGGUAUUCGGUACGUCCACGAAUCGUUAUUCCGGAGUAUCGUGUAAAAAAGUGUACUUUUUGUGGAUUUGUCCAUCGCACAAACAUUUCGAAUGGUUUAUUGACGUUUUGCGGGAUGUCGAAAAGAAAGAUGUCACCAACGUGCUCGAGAUCCAUAUAUUCAUCACGCAAUUUUUCCACAAGUUCGACUUGAGAACUACCAUGUUGUACAUAUGUGAAAAUCACUUCCAACGACUGAGCAAAAUGAGCAUGUUUACCGGUUUGAAAGCGGUCAAUCAUUUCGGUAGACCAGACAUGUCGUCGUUUUUGAAAUUCGUCCAAAAGAAACACAGCUACGUGAGCAAAAUCGGAGUGUUCAGCUGUGGUCCGAGACCUUUAACCAAGAGCGUUAUGUCAGCUUGCGAAGAAGUGAACAAAGGCAGAAAAUUACCAUAUUUCAUUCACCAUUUCGAAAACUUCGGAUAAACGCCAUCUCUUGACUACGUCUCUAAUUCUAAUAUAUAUAUAUAUAUAUAUAUAUAUGUAUUGUGAUCUUUGGCCAUUUUUAAUUUAGGUGCCACAUUUCCUAAUUAUUAAAAAAUUA